UACAUAUUUAGGUCGACAGGGCCAUUUACCGUCUUGUUGGACCGGACAACCGAACUUUGUAAGGGCAUCCCCCUCAAAAUGGCGCCAUGAGAUGACACAGUCAUUGGUGAUGGCCUGAACUCAGCUCAACCCGACGGCAAUGGUAUGGCGAUACCCAGACAACGUAACAAGGACUUCUUCUCUUGUCUUCGUCUUCUUAUUACUUCCAGGCAACAGAGGUUCUGCCACGCCGUUGCCCAGGGAAGAAUUAAACCUGAAAUAACCUCAACCCAAGUGGGGCACAUGGAUACCAAAAAAUUGAACAAGGUGGAUUCCAGGACCUUUGGGAUACACCAUGGGGUCAUACCUCCAGCUUCAUUGACUGUAUUGAGAAUUUUGAGGAAUGGAGGAUUUGAUGCCUACUUAGUGGGUGGAUGUGUGAGAGAUUUAAUCCUUAAAAGAACUCCUAAAGAUUUUGAUGUUAUCACCACUGCUAAUCUUAAGCAGAUUCGAAGUCGAUUUCACAAAGCACACAUUGUUGGACAACGGUUCCCAAUAUGCAUGGUGCAUGUUCGAGGUUCUAUCAUUGAGGUGUCCAGUUUUGAAACAGUGGCUAAACAUGCUGCGAAAAAAGCAGAACUUCAUUUCUCUCAAGCACCACAUGGCUGUGGGAAGAAAGACAUUAUUCUCUGGAGAAACUCCUUGAAGCGAGACUUUACAAUAAACAGUUUAUUCUUUGACCCUUUCUCGAACACGAUCUAUGAUUUUGCCAAUGGAAUGGCUGACUUAAGGUCCUUAAAAUUACGAACGUUAAUCCCUGCCGAUGUUUCAUUCAAGGAAGAUUGUGCAAGAAUCUUGCGUGGUUUAAGACUUGCUGCUCGUCUAGGUUUUUCAUUUUCAAGGGACACUGCAACUGCAAUUCGUAAUUUUUCUUCAUCCUUAUUGACAUUGUCUAAGUCCAGAAUAAUGAUGGAGUUCAACUAUAUGCUCUCAUAUGGAGCUGCUGAGCCUUCACUCUGUUUGCUUCAGAGGUUCAAUCUGCUGAGCUUUUUUCUUCCCUUUCAUGCAGCAUAUCUUGAGCAGCAGGCUAGCACCAAAUCUGAUCAGAAUUCUACAAUGUUGAUGAAAUUAUUCUUCAAUAUGGAUAAGGUGGCCAGCUGUGAUCAUCCGUCUGACUGCAGGCUGUGGGUUGGACUUUUAGCAUUUCAUCUUGCAUUAGUCAAUAAUCCUCAAGAUGCUCUUGUCGUUUUGACUUUUGCUUCUAUCUUGUACCAUGGAGAGUGGAAAGAAGGCAUUAGAUUUGCAAGAGAAAAAUCUGAAGUUCAGGUUAAUUUUGUGCCCGAGCUCUCAAGUUCCUUCGCUUCUAAAUCAGAUGAAGAACUUGUAAAAAAAGUUUCUCAAUUAGCUACUCUUGUGCAAGACUCUUUAGAUGUUUUAACUGAGACCAAGAGUCAUCUUGAAUCAGUGUCCAGACACCCAACUUCCCCAUGCUCUGGUUUGGUAUUUAUACCAAAGAAGACGAGCAAAGAUGUAGCUGAACUUUUUCAGUUGCUGGUAAAAAUGAAAGGAUCAUAUGAGCAAAGAAGAAAGUGUUUUGAUAUUGACUAUUCCUUGCUUGGGCAAGGAUAUAUGUGGGAGACGAGAUUUGUUCUUGGCAAAGUCAUCCUGGAGACAAUAGGCUGUUGGCAAAGAAGAGGAGAUAACGUUUCAGAGGAGAACAAUUGCAUGCAUACAGAGAGCUUUGGCGACACUCGACUUUCUGAUGUGGUAAAGGAGCAACUGCAAGUGAAGAAGGGACAAAAACAUAGUGUUUCACCAAGUUAUCCUGAAAUUGAGCAGCCGCCAGCCAAGAAACGCAAUUUUGUUCCCAGUAAAUGCAGUAUUUCCGAGCAGUUCGGAACUCAAGGGACACAAGGGGUAGUUGAUGAGAGAGAGAUAUGCCAAGAGCGAGCUAAGAAGCAUAAAAAAAUCUAUGAAGUAGAUGAAUUACCAAGGGAAGAGUUGAUUUCAGUACUUGGAAACAUGUCAGACAAUAGAUGUGAAAAACCAGAUGAGAACGCUACGGAGAAAAAGAAAAGUGAGGCCAAGAAGAAGAAGCACAAGCACAAGAGUGAGGGGCAUUCAAUGGUGAUGGAGAAGAAGCACCAUGUAACACAAGAAGAUGAAGUGGCUGAGCAGCAGGGUGCAGUCCAAGGAAACAUAUUAGACAAGAGAUGUCAAAAACCAGAUGAGAAGGCAAUUGAGAAAAAGAAAAACAAGGUGAAAAACGAUGUCAAAAACAUAUCAGACAAGAGAUGUCAAAAAAAAGAUGAUAAGGCAAUUGAGAAAAAGAAAAACGAGGUGAAAAACGAUGUCAAAAACAUAUCAGACAAGAGAUGUCAAAAACCAGAUGAGAAGGCAAUUGAGAAAAAGAAAAACGAGGUUAAGAAGAAGAAGCACACACAUAAGAGUGAGAGGCCUUCAUCGGUGAUGGAGAAGAAGCACCAUGUAACACAAGAUGAUACAGUGGCUGAGCAGCAGGGUGUGGUGAGAACCAAGACAGAGGCCAAAUUCAAGCAAGCAGGCAAAGAAACAGGAAAUCAUCGAUUGCUUUCUGAUCUAUUUAAGUAAAAUUAUAUUCUCAGUUUGAAGUGAGCCAACCUUUGUCUGGACUAAGUUACCAUAAAACUGACAAGUGACAACUGAUAGGUAUUUUGUUAAAAUCUUUGAAGUUGGGUGGGGGGUAAUAUGCUUCAAAUUUCCCUUGCUUUCAAUAGUUUUGUCCCUCUUAGCAUUUUUAAAAAAAGCAUUUAAGUUGAUAGGUAGAUAAAUAGUUUUGUUGUUUGUGUAACAGAAAAAAGAAAGUCUUAUUUUUAAGCCUUGAAUUUAAUUUAAAGUAUAGAUAUGUUGAUUGGCCAUGAUAAGCA